AUGACAGUGCAAUUGAAUAUCGGCGGCAUCAUAUUCAGAACAGCGAGAACGACAUUAACUGUAAAAGCGCGUGAAAAUCUACUCGCACUUAAGGCUGAAAAGAUGAAUGCCGCUUAUCUCGUGUUCGCCGAUCGCUCACCAAAACAUUUCGAUCUCAUUCUAAGCUCCAUUUGUUAUGGGAACGAUAUAGAUCUUCCCGAUUCAGAGGAGGAGUUGGAAGAAAUUAAAAUAGAAGCAAAGUUCUACGAAUUGAACGAUUUGGUCGAAAAAUGUGAUGAAAGAUUAUCGAUUAUCGAGGGAAAUAACCCAAUCAAUAGUGAAAAAGAGCUAAAUCAGAAAAUCGCCUGUCUCGGAAGUGUGACCAAUGAUCGUCAUUCGGUUGAACCGAAUCGGUUCAAUUCAAAACACUGGGGAGAAGUAUUCCACUCAACUGAUACUCUAACCCUCGUCAAUCAAUAUAAAUCAGUCUUUGACAUCUAUUUCAUGCCAUUAGCCGACCACACUCUUCCAAACUGUGCCGUAAUUUCCGACGCCCGAUGCAACAAGACUUUUAUUAAAUAUCUCGAAAAACGAAUCACUUCUUUUCUGGCUAAGAUAUUUAAUUGUUAUAUCCCAUUUCUUGUUAAGUAA